GUUCCUCUCCUCCCUCUUCUCCUCGUUGGAAGAGAGCCUCGUAGGAAGAAAAGCUCAAGUUAAAUUCAUUUACUCUCUCCUUUCUCCACAUAUCCCUCCAAAAAACCCCCAAAACCCCUCAAAAAAUCCUUCAAAAAUAAUAUUCCCCCUUCGAGGGACUCAUUCCACCUCUCCACAUCCUCCCCAACCAAAAUCAUCAACCACUCAUUAAAUUAAUUCCUAAAAAAUGGGAGGGGAGGAGGGAAUCUGUGAAGUGUGUUCGUCCCCAGCUAAGCUGCGCUGCACCGGUUGCAAGACCUCAUUCUACUGUACUCCAGAGCAUCAGAAACAGGACUGGAGCCACCACAAGAGUACCUGCAGACCCUGGAGUAUCCAGGAGUCGGCCCCCCUGGGAAGAUACCUCAUUUCAACCCGGGACCUCGACAAAGACGACGUGAUAAUCACGGAGGCUCCAAUUGCCUUUGGGCCAGCGCUUCAUUCAGACCAGAGGGUCUGCGUUGGUUGUGGUGAUCCUAAGGCGGUUGUCCGCUGUCCAGGAUGCAGCUGGCCUGCUUGCAGGCUCUCCUGCGAGGGUCUCUUGGAUGAGAAUCGUCAUGGGGUCGAGUGCAAGCUACUGGCGAAGGCCAGGAUCAUCCCCAGAUGUGAUAUUUUGCUCCCCCUGAGGAUGGUAAUCCUCAAGAAGAAGCACCCGAAGAGGUGGGAGGCGUUGUCAGCCCUCCAGAGUCAUGAAGAAUCGAGGGGACCAGGCACCGAAGCUCAUGACGAGGCUGAAGAUGUCUAUCAACAGCUGGAACCGAUUCUUCAGGCGUUCUCGAUAGGACAGGAUGUUAUGUCAAAAAUCUGUGGGCUGAUCGAUAUCAAUGGACUUGAGACCAAUCCUCCGGAGGGAUCCGUCGGGAUUUACCAGACUGCCUGUCUCCUGGAGCACCAGUGCCUCGCCAACACCCGACAUGGUUUCGUUUUGGACUCCAAGGGACGGCCGAAGAUCGUGGUGACGGCCCUCAGACCAAUUAAAAAAGGGGAACAUCUUUCGACGACUUACACUCAUGUAUUAUGGGCCACUCGAGCACGUCGUGAGCAUCUUCAAGCGACCAAGUACUUCUCCUGUCGUUGUGAGAGAUGCAAGGACCCGACGGAGUUGGGGAGCCACUUGGGGGCGUUGAAGUGUCCUUGUGGAGUUGGAGUGAUCCUCCCCAAGGACCCAUUGGACUCAGAGACCGAGUGGUCCUGCGAUUUGUGUCCAGGUCUUCUGACAGCGCAAGAAGUUGUCGAGUUGACGGAGAGACUCGGUGAAGACGUUGAAAAUGUGAUGGCGUCGGCGAAGAAGGAAACACUAGGUGAUUUAUACUCGAGACUUCUGGUUCUUCUGCAUCCUGGUCACCAACACUGCAUAGCUGUUGGCCACUCGCUCAUUCAGCUCCUGCUCCCUAACGAUCCAAGAAAGCUGGAGAUCUGCAGAAGAAUCUUGGAAACAACCUCCGUCUUGGAUCCCUAUGGAGGAAGGCUGGCUCUGUACACAGCUGUAGCCCUUCGAGAACUCUCAUUCUGUCCCGGAGAAGCUCGUGCCAGUCACCUGACACGAGCCCUCGAUCUGCUGCGAUUUGAACCCGCUGGCAGUCCUGGAGAUAAUCUUAAAAAGCUCAUAAAGUUUGAACUCUAAAUAUGACAUAUCAUGGGGUGUGAUUUUUUUUUAUUUCUUCGAAAAAUCUCCUUUCAUGAAAUUGUGCACGAAGAAUAAUAAUUUUUCGUGCAAUCGCUUGUCAUUCUCGAUAAUAAUAAAUGAUAAAUAAUAUUGA